AUGGAUGCCAUGGAACCCGAGCCAGAGGGCCCCUCAGAGGGCUCUGUCGUGGGGUCGAUGUCCGUCCACUCCCGGGAGAAUUCCCAGGAUGAUGCCUCCGACUCUGGGUCGGAGCACUUGUACAACACGGACCACGAGUCGGAUGGGGAGUUGGAGGCUAUCCAGCGGGGCGUCGCUCGGCCGCCUUUGGUGCAGAAGGUGGAGAAGUUGAUGACAGACCUGCGGCAGAGGCAAGAGAGGUUCAAACGCCGACGCGACAACCUGGCACAGAGCGUCUCGCGGGGCAUCCGAAAGGAGUUUUUGCAGCAGCAGGAGCGGAUUGUCCUGCGCAGCAAGCAAAUGGCCAAGAAGUUACAGAGUGGCCGAUCAAGAGCCUGGCGGCACAAGUGGGUCUUUGCCCUUGUAGAGGCGGACUUUGUGGUGACAGCCUUCUGGCUUGGAAAAUCACCAGAGACCUUCUACGUCUACUUCACUGCACAGAUGGCAGUAGUACUGCUGGUCAAAAUCUUUGACUACAGAUUUACGGCUCAACAUUACUUCCUGCUGGACUUCUGUUUCUUUUCCAAUGCUUGUACUCUAACGUGGCUCUGGCUUUGUCCCACCUCUGGCUGGCUCUUCAAUGCGGUCGAGGCGUUUUGUGGGGUGCUCGCCAUAUCAGUGCCGUUGUUCCGAAAUUCAUGUGUGCCGCACGACUUUGCGCGCAUUUCAAACGCGUACGUCCACUACCCGCAGCUCUUACUGGUGCUGAGCGUGCUUUGGAGUUGCGAAGGUGACCUUUGUGUGGGCGUUGAAGCGGGCUACAGCGAAAGAUGGAGCUCCCGAAUCUUCCACGCGUGGUCUACUUACAUGACAUGGGCGGUGGUCUAUGCUUCUGUCAUUUUCGUCUUCGCAAAGAAUCGCAUCGAGCGGAAGCGGCGGAGUACCCUGUACAACUAUUUUGCGCAUGAGCUCGGCUUCACAAACAUGUUGCCCGGCUGGCUGAGGGGCUACUCCGCUGUCCUCUUCAUGAUGGGUCAUCAAACCCUUUUCCUGACGGGCCUUUGGUUCAUUUUCGUACCCUUUCCGGUUCAGGUGGUUGCGACUUUAUUGGCGAUCAUCGUCUUCUUUCACAACGGGGGGCGGUUUUAUGUGGACCACUUCUGGAAGGCGCAUGCGCGCAACACGGUGCUGUACUUGGACGCGGCCAACAACAUCAUGACCCAAGCUAAGGACACGGGCAGCCACAGCAGCCUGGAGAGUAGAAACACCGAUGAUUCACCCCACUAA